CUUACAAAUGUUCCGUGUGUGAGAAGAGCUUCAACCAAAAGGGAAAUUUGAACCAACACAUGCUAGUGCACACUGGUGAGAAACCUUUCUCCUGCUCUGUCUGUGGCAAGUGCUUCACCCAGAAAGCCAACCUGACUGCCCACCAGCUCUCCCACACAGGAGAGAAGCCUUUCUCCUGUUCCGUCUGUAGGAAGGGCUUCACUCAGAAAGCAUAUCUUAAACAACACCAGAAACUGCACACUGGAGAGAAGCCGUACGCCUGCUCCGAGUGUGACAAGAGGUUCACCUUCUGUACAUCCUUGAAAAGACACCAGCUGCAACACACAGGAGAGAAACCGGACUCGCUAAGUUGUAAAGAAAUACACCAGCAAUCGCACUGCAAAAAGUCGAGGAGAGUCUCUCUGCAUCAGCAGCAGAACCUGAACAACACCAGGAGAAUCACAAAACUAAGACGUCGUCUCACUGCUGCUCAGAAUGUGGGAAACAUUUUAAAAAUUCAUCGUCUCUACAGACCCACAUGAGAAUCCACACGGGAAAGAAGCCAUACCCCUGCCCCGACUGUGGGAAGAAUUUUGCUACAAAAGGAAGUUUGAAUUUGCACCAGAGGUCACACACAACAGAAGCAGAGAAACCCGUCCACUGUGAGAAGGAGAACACAUCACAGGGGCAGCAGAUGGUAUCUGAUAACUUACAGGACCUCUGUCAAACACUGGGGCUGAAGGCUAAAGUCGAAGAGGAGGAGGAAGAGGAGAAGGAAGAGGAGGAGGAGGAUGGAGAAGGGCCGACGGAUAAUGCAGAGGAAGUUGGAGGGCUGAUUAAUUCUGAUGGAGAAGAAGUUGACUGGGGUUCUGUUCAACAUAGUGAGAGUCCUGUCCGUGGCUCUGGUAGUGAAGGAGGAAGUCCCCUUACAUCAAACACCAACAAGGAUCCUGGGGCUCAAUCGGGGUCGACCGAGUCUCUGGGCCCUGACCAAAGACAUGAGGAGGACAUCACUCAAAGACCUGGGAUGAACAUUCAUAUUGAAGAAGAGGAGGAGGAGGAAGAAGAAGAGGAGGAAGAAGAAGAGGAGGAAGAAGAAGAGUGGGAGGUGGAAGAGGAAGAAGAGGGUGAAGAUGAGGAGGAGGAAGGGGAGGAAGAGGAAGUUGGUGAUCUGUUGAAUUCUGUAGUAGAACAAGCUUCCUGGGAUACUCCUCAUCUUGGAAUGAGUCCUAAUUCCUGCCACGGUAGUGAGGGAACUACCUCAACACCAGGAGCGGUGGAACGACAACACCGGGAGAAAGAGAAGACACGGGCGACCAAACGGAAGAAGAGUCCAGAACAAAAGCAACCGAAGAAAAAAGAGAAACCGAAGAAGGAAAAGAAUCCGAAGCAGAAGAAAGCCAAGAUGACGCACCGCUGCUUUAAAUGUGGAGAGGGAUUCUCCCGCGUCUACGACAUGCUCUUACACCAGACCAUUCAUAUAGAUGGAACGACCAUGUUCAAAACCAAGAAGGUUCACCGCUGCUCAACGUGUGGAUACGAAGCAUCCGAUGCACAUAAACUGAUGAUGCACGAGCGGAUACACACGGGAGAGAAGCCUUUCCAGUGCUCUGUGUGCGGGAAGAGAUUCGCUCAGAAAGGAAACCUGAAAAUACACCAGAGUGUGCACAAAGGAGAAGUCAGGAAUCCCAGUUUCUGGCCUGACAUCGUGGAGAGGCUUCCUACAAUAGGUGUCCCAGACCAAUACCAUGACAACCACACAGCUAAGCCAAUAGGAGUUCUGGACCAAUACCAUGACAACCACACAGCUAAGCCAAUAGGAGACCAAUACCAUGACAACCACACAGCUAAGCCAAUAGGAGUUCUGGACCAAUACCAUGACAACCACACAGCUAAGCCAAUAGGAAUCCCGGACCAAUACCAUGACAACCACACAGCUAAGCCAGUCCUGGACCAAUACCAUGACAACCGCACAGCUAAACCAAUAGGAGUUCUGGACCAAUACCAUGACAACCACACAGCUAAGCCAAUAGGAAUCCGAGACCAAUACCAUGACAACCACACAGCUAAGCCAAUAGGAGUUCUGGACCAAUACCAUGACAACCACACAGCUAAGCCAAUAGGAGUCCCUGACCAAUACCAUGACAACCACACAGCUAAGCCAAUAGGAGAGGAAUGCCAAACUCCAUCAACUCUACAGAUACACAUGAGAACUCACACUGUAGAGAACCAGUCUAAUCCGCAGUGCCCUCUCUGUGGGGCAGAGUUCUCUCAGAAAGGCCUUCUGGAUGAUCACCUGAUGAUCGCCCACUCCCAUGAGAAACCAGAGAAACCUUACCCCUGUCCAGACUGUGGGAAGAGAUUCUCCAGCAAGAGUUACAUCAAGAUCCACCGGAAGAUCCACAGUGGGAAGAUCUCUUACCACUGUGCCCAGUGUGAUAAGACUUUCCUGUCAGCGGAGGGGCUCAAGAAGCACGAGAGCGCUCACCGAGGAGAGAGACCGUACCGAUGCCCUGCGUGUGGCAAGUGUUUCAAACAACAAUCCCAGCUGACCUGUCACUUCAAGAUCCACACCGGAGAGAGGAGCCAUCUCUGCUUCCUGUGUGGGAAGAGUUUCGCCAGAGAGUUCGACCUCCGGGUGCAUCUCAGAGUCCACUCUGGAGAGAAGCCCUACCAGUGCCACGAGUGUGGCAAGAGCUACAGGUACAGAGCAGGCAUCCGGUCACACAUGCAGCAGAUGCACCCUGGGAAGCCUAUAGUGGAACCAACCCCACCCAUCCCCACAGGCCCUCGCUACGGCAGUGGAGGAAGUGGUCUUCCUACAUCCCUCAUCAGAAAGGAUCCUGGUGACCAAUCCAGCCCCAAAGCUAUAGAGGCCCAGGGUCCUGAUCCAAGCCAUGGCAGCAAGGCGUCCAGUCAAACACCUCGGUUGAAGGCCAGAGCUGAAGAAGAAGAGGAGGAAGAGGAAGAAGAAGAGGUGAACGUUGAUGGUUCGGGUAAUUCUGAAGAAGACGACGCCAGUUGGAAACCUGCUCUUCGUCUUGCCAAGACCGGUGGCGGUGGUCCCUCUGCAUCAGGACCACAGAGAAAACACCGGAAGAAACAACCGGUCAAACGGAGAACCAGCGUCAAAGAAGGCAAACGGAAGCAACCGAAAGCCAAGAGGUUUAACAACCGUCGCUGCUUUAAAUGUGGAGAGGGAUUCCCCCGGGAAUAUGAGCUGUUGCUACACCUGCAGACACAUCUAGAUUACAACUGCUACGUGUGUGGAACGCCGUUCGACAACCAACAGCUGCUGCAGAGACAUCAGGAGGAGCACGCCGAGGAGAGUCUGGGUGUGUUCUCUGGUGAGGCAGCAGGUCCAACUACAGGACAGCGGCGGGGGAGAGGGAAGAGGACUCACCGAUGUCCGACCUGUGGCAAAGAACUAUCCGACGCGUCCAAGCUGAAGUUACACGUGAGAAUCCACACCGGGGAGAAACCGUACUGUUGCUCCCUGUGCGGAAAGGGUUUCACUCAGCCAGGGAACCUGAAAACACACAUGAAAACACACAGAGACGGGAACCCCAGUUUGUUGUCCGCUGGCGGGUUAGGUCCCUCUACAUCAAGAGGUCCUGAACACCACCGGGAGAAUCACACCGUCGCCGCAUCAGCAGCUCAGGAGAACUUCAACUGUCCAGAUCUACCGCCAGCGCAGAAACACAUGACGUCUCAGGACAGCGGAGAGAAGGUCUCUUUCUUCUGCUCGCUGUGUGGGGAGCAGUUCUCUGAGAAGGCACCGUUGGAAGAACACCGGUUGGCUCACAACAACAAGAAGCCUUUUCCCUGCCCUGACUGUGGCAAGAGGUUCCGCAGUAAUUACUACGUUAAGAUCCACAUGCGAAUGCACAGCGGGGAGAGGCCUUACCAAUGCACCGAGUGUGGGAAGGGCUUCAUCACAGAAGAAGGGCUGAAGAAGCACGAGAGCGCUCACCGGGGAGAGAGACCUCACCUUUGCCCCGAGUGCGGAAAGAGAUUCAAGCAACAGUCCCAACUUACAUGUCAUUUCCGUAUGCACACCGGACAGAAGAGCCACCUCUGCUCCGUCUGUGGGAAGAGUUACUUCAGAGAAUUUGACCUCAAGGUUCACCUCAGAGUCCACACGGGAGAGAAGCCCCAUCAGUGUGAGGAGUGCGGGAAGAGUUUCUACUAUCUACAGGGGCUCCGGCAGCACCAGAGGACCCACGCUCCCAAGCCCAUCGGACCGACCCGCCAGCUAGGCAGGCCUAAGCAGUCGUCCAGCGCAGACAUACCGAACCAAUCACCCAGGACGGGAAGGCCCAGGCCAGCUCCUAGAGUAGAGAGACCCAUGCCUCUAGGCCUACCUAGAGUUGAGAGUGAUCUGGAGAGACCCAUGCCUCUAGGCCUACCUAGAGUUGAGAGUGAUCUGGAGAGACCCAUGCCUCUAGGCCUACCUAGAGUUGAGAGUGAUCUGGAGAGACCCAUACCUCUAGGCCUACCUAGAGUUGAGAGUGAUCUGGAGAGGCCUCACUGGCAGUACUGGCACCUUUAAAUGGGAAAUCUUCCAUUUUCAACGGCGAUACAAUUAUUGGAGGACCAAAACAAGCCGAUACCGAUUAAUCGGACGAUUUUUAUAUAUAUACAUGAGUGUGGUAAUAUUUGUAAUAAUGACAAUUACAACG